CGCUCUCUUCCCAACCUUCAGCAUUCUGAAGAAAUGAUGUGCACGUCUACGCAUCACCACAGUGCAUGCAGCAUGCUAGUCACUCUGCUAUAUAGACUGGAGCCUUACAUGGAUGCUACUGAGGAGAGCAGUUUUCUUCAGGACAUGCUAAUGGCUAAUUCGCUGCAUGUAGUCAUCAAGCUCCAUGAGAGGCUGCAGAGGUUCAACACCGAGAAACCAGCACCCAUCCAGGAGCACGCUGAACAUCUGGUACACCAGGUAAUGAAGGAACUGCGUGCUUUAGAGGCCAGACCUGAGAUUACGGAAUUGAUGUGCGUGUUAUCGAAACCUCACGUGCAGGACCUUCUCGCGGUGCACGAUCACGUGGCCCAGAAGGAUUACGAGCCCAAACUUCCAUCGCUGGAAUCUGACCACGACGACGACGACGACGACGACGACGACGACGAUGAUGAUGAUGAAGACUCGGUCAGGAUUAUCCAACUGAUAAAAAGCAAAGAACCACUGGGAGCCACAGUGAAACGGGACGGGUUGACCGGUGCCCUCGUCGUGGCUCGUGUUAUGAGAGGAGGAGCUGCAGACAGAAGCGGUCUUAUCCAUGAAGGUGAUGAACUCAGGGAGGUAAAUGGAGUCCCAAUGCAAGAUAAGAACCCUGAGGAGAUCAUCCCUAUCCUGGCACAGUCGGACACGGCCGUAACCUUCAAAGUGAUCCCAGGCACCAAAGACCAGCUGGAACCCGACGACACCGAGGUCUUCGUCAGGGCGAUGUUUGACUACCAUCCGGAAAAGGACCCUGCUAUUCCGUGUAAGGAAGCUGGGUUGGAGUUCUGGAGAGGGGAUGUGCUGCAGAUUGUCAGUCAGGAAGAUGUGACUUGGUGGCAGGCAAGAAGGAUUGCUGAUGCUAACCCUCGAGCUGGACUCAUCCCGUCACGGCAGCUUCAGGAGAGGAGAGCGGUGUUACAGAGACCCGAGGCACUGUUUCAGACGUCCACAGCUCUGAAGUUAAACUCCGACGACGAUGAAGAAGAUGCAGAUUACGUGGCGAUACAUGGGAUACACCUCGCCGGGUUGAGGAGAAGUUUCCGGCGGAGUAAGAAGGACCGCGUGAAACGGAAGAAGAGCGAAGCUGAAAUAGAGAACCAGGAUUCCAGCUACCUGGAGGUGAUGCCUUAUGUCAGACAGCCAGGAGAACCUCAUCGCCUCGUGCUGCUGGUCGGGCCCACAGGUGUCGGUGUAACUGAGCUGAAAAGAAAACUUUUUCUUUCUGAUCCUGAGCACUUUGGCGUCGCUGUUCCACACACGACCCGUGAGCGUAAGAGACACGAGAGAGAGGACGUGGACUACUAUUUUGUCUCCAAACGGGCUUUUGAGACCGAUAUCCUGGAGCACAAGUUUAUCGAGUACGGAGAACACGGCGGGAACUAUUACGGCACCAGCCUGGAUUCGGUCCGCAAGGUUCUAGCGGAGAGCAAGGUGUGCUUGUUGGAUGUGGAGCCCCAUGCUGUAAAGUUGUUGUACACAACAGAAUUCAAACCGUAUGUUACGUUCGUUAAACCUCCGGCGAUCGAACAGCUGAGGCUCAGCCGGAGAAAAGCGAAGAUCCUGGCCAGCUGUGACGAAGCCAAGCCAACGAGGACGUUUAUGGAGGCAGACUUCAAGGAGAUGAUUAACACUGCACAGGAUAUGGAGGAUAAUUACGGCUACUUGUUUGAGAAGAUCAUCAUCAACGACGAUCUGGCCGCGGCGUCCGCCGAGCUGAGAGCCGAACUGAAGAAGCUUGAAAAGGAAAGCAACUGGAUUCCUAAAAUAUGGGCUUAAAUACUGUGAGGAGUCAUAUCAUGAAUCAUAAAUCAUGAAUGAGUCAUGAAUCAGCAAGUUAGAUAUUCAAUUCAGUUCAAUUCCAUUCGUUCGUCUAGCGCAUUUAACAACCGACAUCGUCUCAGAGCAGAUUUACAGAAAUAUAGAAACGUUUGAAUGUUUGGAAUGAAAUGACUGUUUAUCUCUAAAAUCUAUCCUUAAUGAUCAAGCCUGAGGUCAUGGUGGCAAGACAAAAACAUCCCUGAGAUGAUAUGAGGAAGAAACCUUGAGAGGAACCAGACUCAGAAGGAAACCUCAUCCAAAGAUGGCGUGAUAGUCUCCAAAAUCUAUUUUCAGAAUAUAUUAUUAUUAAUUCCUUGAACUGAGGUUGCGUCGGUCAGCUUUGUGCUCGGGUCUUCGUCGGAGAACAUCUGUAGAUGUCGGCAAGAAGGGAUUAGUGUUAAGUCUGUAAUGACUCUGACCUGUUGGUUCAUUAGGAGCUUUUGAUUGGAGUUUAUUCCACUCACCUAUAAACAGUUGUAGAAAGGACAUUAUGUACAUUUACAUUUUUCCUGUCCGGUGUCCCACAAAUGAGGAUGAGGUUUACUUGGGUUAGGGUUAGGGUUAGG